AUGCCUCUCCCUACUUCAGCCCCUUCCAACAAGAGGAAAGCAAACAGGAUCAUCACUGACCUGUCCAACAUCAGCCAGAACGAUGAUGAAUCAGACACUGAAGCUGCUGAGUUCGACCUGGGCACCAAAAUCAAGACCCCCAAGGACACGAUGCUGGAAGAGCUCUCUCUGCUCAAAAACAAAGGCUCCAAGAUGUUCAGGAUGAGGCAGCAGAGAGUGGAGAAGUUCAUUGUGACCAAUGAGAACACGCAGAACCUUGAAAACCUGCUGAUUAUCCCUCCCCCGAUCCCACCAAAGCCUGAAGUACCAAAGGUGGAAGUGGUGGAAGAGACAGUUGAAGAGAAGGAGGAAAGGAAGGAGGAGUAUGUACGUACCUACGUAUCACCCUGGGAGAGGGCCAUGAAAGGUGACGAGGAACUGACAGCCACUAUGAGGGCCAGCAUGCCGGGACCCAUCAGGAUCCACCCAGAACUGCCUCUGUACAAGAGCUUCAACAGAACGGCAUUGCCAUUCGGUGGCUUUGACAAGGCCUCCAAGACACUGACCUUUGAACUCCCAGAGCUCAACAUUGCCACUGAGGAGGCAGAGCCUUUGCCCAGCCUGCAGGCUGACAUCCGCUCGCGCCCCUCAUUCAACCGCACCCCCAUCGGCUGGGUUUGCAGCGAGGACAACUCACACAUCCACUUGGACCUGGACACCAUGCCCUUCGACGGAGAGACAGAUGACCUGUGA